AUGUUACGCCGUCGCGCCAAUCUGACGCCGGUGGACCCGUCGCACCAAUCCGACGCCGGUGGACCCGUCGCAUAUCCUCCCAAAGGUAUGUUACGCCAGCGCGCCAAUCUGACGCCGGUGGACCCGUCGCACCAAUCCGACGCCGGUGGACCCGUCGCAUAUCCUCCCAAAGGUAUGUUACGCCGUCGCGCCAAUCUGACGCCGGGGAACCCGUCGCGCCAAUCCUACGCCGGUGGACCCGUCGCAUAUCCUCCCAAAGGUAUGUUACACCAGCGCGCCAAUCUGACGCCGGUGGACCCGUCAUCCUCCCAAUGUUCCCGCGAUUGA